CACACACACACACACACACACACACACACACACACACACACACGUACAACCUCAUCUAUACACCAGUACGCACCCGCGCAUUUUUGCGGAGCUAUGCAUCCGCGGUGCGCACUCUCCCGUUUCUCCUCACUAUUUCCUCACUGAUCAAUGUAUAGGCCUGUAUUGAUCACCUCCGCCCUGGCCUAGGUUAUGAUUCAUUUUUCAUUACUCUGAUAUGCUAAUCCAAAUUCUCUGUAGCGGUGUUUGCUGGAGCUGAGAGGGCGAGAGAGAGCGCGAGAGAAGGAGAGGGGGGAGAGAUGAGAGGACGCGCAUCAUCAGAUGUUUAGCAGCAGAUUCACUGUCGCUCCUCGCCAUCAUUUCUGCUGUGCGCUUUUUGGUCCCUCCUCCCCUCCGUCGGCCGGGUUCGUGACAUUUUGCGGCUCUCGAUGUUGUAAUCCGGGGGAAUAUGUGAAGAUCAUGCUGGCGGUGUGGUGCUUCAUGGUCUUUGCUGCAGUGGGCGACAGGCUUGCGGUCUCAGGUGUGUCCAGGAGCCUGGAGCAGGAUGGAGGCAUCUGGGACUGGUUUACCCCGGCAGGGCAGUCCGACAGCGGGGACACUGCUUCCAAGAUUGUCUAUCCAAAACGGCUGGUGCAGCAGAUCGAGUCAGAGGAGGAAAUGGCUCAUGACCACUUGGAUACCAGGGUGAAGAACAGCACUGGGAACACCUUGCCCGUCCACUUGGCCCAGAGCUGUUUCCAAGUGGAAGCCUUUGGACACACCUUCACUCUGGAUCUGGAGCUAAACCAUCACCUUCUGUCUUCAGAAUAUGUGGAGCGGCACUUUAACCAGGAUGGCAGACCCUCACAGUCAGUGGGAGGGGAGCACUGCUACUACCAGGGAAGGUUAAGAGGUUUACCAGCGUCCUGGGCAGCUCUCUCCACCUGCCACGGCCUGUGUGGCAUGUUCUCUGAUGGCCUCUUCUCUUACGGGAUUGAGCCCAUACAGAAUGGGAGCAAUCAGAAUGAUGGUGCUCACUUAAUCCGCAGGAUGCCUGAUAUCAGACUUUCCCCCCGCUGCCCAGACUGUACAGAGGACAGUGAGUGGGAUAGCACAGGAGGUGAUGGUGAUGAUGAUGACGACAGACCAGACCAAAUGAGGGAGCAGCAGGUGUCUGGGGGGCUGAGGCGAUCCAAGAGAUAUGCCCGCAAGCCCUCGGUCCAGACUGAGACCAAAUAUAUUGAGUUGAUGGUGGUCAAUGACAACGACAUGUUUGUACAGCUGCGUCGCUCUAGCAGCCAAACCAAGAACUUUGCCAAAGCAGUGGUCAACAUGGCAGAUGCGAUCUAUAAGGAACAGUUGAACACAAGGAUCGUGCUGGUUGCCAUGGAGACCUGGAUCUCUAAAAAUAUGAUGCCAGUAGUGGAAGAUCCAUUGAUAACGCUGCAGAACUUCAUGAAAUACAGGAAGGACAACAUCAAAGAUCAGAGUGACGUCGUCCAUCUUUUCUCAGGGCGCACAUUUCACAGUAGCCGCAGUGGGACGGCCUACACAGGAGGAGUGUGCUCUCUAACACGUGGAGGAGGCAUCAACGAGUAUGGGAAUGUAGGAGCAAUGGCCAUCACUUUGUGCCAGAGUCUCGGCCAGAACGUCGGUAUGAGGUGGAAUAACAUCCGCAACUCUGCAGGAGACUGCAGGUGCCCAGAUGCCUGGCUGGGCUGCAUCAUGGAAGACACGGGAUAUUAUCUGCCCAGAAAGUUUUCUCGCUGCAGUGUAGAUGAGUACAUCCAGUUCUUGCUCCAGGGGGGCGGGAGCUGCCUGUUCAACAAGCCAAACAAGCUGUUGGACCCUCCAGAGUGUGGGAAUGGCUUCGUGGAGCCAGGAGAAGAGUGUGACUGUGGAUCCCAGGUGGAGUGUGCCCGUAGCGGAGGAGCCUGCUGUAAAAAGUGCACACUUACCCAUGAUGCCAUGUGCAGUAAUGGACUCUGCUGCAGUAGUUGUAAGUAUGAGCGGAGAGGCGUGGUGUGUCGAGAGGCUGUGAACGACUGUGAUAUCCCAGAGACCUGCACCGGAGACUCCAGCCAGUGUCCUCAUAACGUCCACAAGCUGGAUGGCUACAUGUGUGACACAAGUCAGGGCCGCUGUUACGGAGGACGAUGCAGGACUCGUGACUGACAAUGUAGGGGACUCUGGGGUUAUAAUUCAGCGGACAGGUUUUGUUAUGAGAAGCUGAACGCUGAGGGGACAGAGAAAGGCAACUGUGGUCCAGGCCCUGAAGGUCAAGGCUGGCUGCAGUGCAACAAGCCGGAUGUUUUAUGUGGCUUUCUGUUUUGUGCCAAUGUGACGAUGAAGCCAAAGUUUGGAGACCUGCAGGGUGAGGUGACCAGCUUCACCCUCUAUCACCAGAACAAGUACUUGGACUGCAGAGGCGGCCAUGCUCUGCUGGAGGACGGCUCAGACCUGGGCUACGUGGAGGACGGCACUCCCUGUGGUCCCAACAUGAUGUGUUUGGAGCGACGCUGCCUCCCUGUGGCGGCAUUCAACCUCAGCAGCUGUUCGGGAUCCAACUAUGGGCGCAUCUGUUCUGACCAUGGGACCUGCAGUAAUGAGGUGAAGUGUAUCUGUGACAGGGACUAUACAGGGAAGGACUGCAGUGUCUUUGAUCCCAUCCCCGAGCCAACAGUCCCGACGGGCCCAGAGAAGAAAGGUCCCAGUGGCACCAAUAUCAUAAUAGGGUCCAUCGCAGGUGCUAUUCUCCUGGCAGCUAUAGUCCUAGGGGGAACAGGAUGGGGAUUUAAGAACAUUCGGAGAGGAAGAUCUGGCGGAGGAUAAGAUGCCUGUCUGUCUCUCUGUCUUUGUGUCCUGUCUACUCCUGUCUUCCUCCUCGCACUGUGUUGUUUCCACAUCAGAGAAGAGGGGAACAAAAAAAAAAAGUCUUCCACUCCUGUCCCAAAACCUCUCCGAACCUCUUCCGAUCAUCGUUUCCUCCACACUCCCCCGUCGGCUCCUUUCGUCUGUCCUCCUCCUGCCUGGCUCCGUCCUCCUCUGGGCCCGUGGAGCUCCUCUCACCAUACCAGCCAAAUCAUACUUGUGUGGCUGCUUCCAGCAAGCCGCUGAGGACUGUGUUUGAGCCAUGCCGUAGAGCGAGCAGGUGGCUUUCCCUGUGGGAGACACCAGGGUCUUCCUCCAGUCUGGUGGCUCUAAGAAUGUGAUUCGGUGUCUGUGUACCUCCUUUACUCACAUCUUUAACAGUCUGAUGAAGAACAUAUCAACGGUGGACCAAUUUAAUAAGAGACAUGUAUUUCCAACCUGCCUGCCUGCAUAUGAACUAAACCGGCCGCCAACUGAGUCCACACUUAAAUGUUGGACUAGCACACAGACCGGCCAGCUGACAGACUGAAAUGACAUAACAGGAGCUGAAUAGUUUCCUUUUUUCUUAAAGGAGAAGUUCCUCCGAGGCCAGGCCAUGACUAGGUGCAUCUCUAAGUGGACAACUAUCUGUUUUAAUCUACAAAGCCUGGCAACAUGGAUACAACUGCAUUGGACUAUUUGCAUGUUUUCCAAAGAGAGUGUGAGGACGGACUGAUGAUCAUAGAAAGUGAUGGCUCAGAAACUAGCCAGCCAUGAGCCAGAGCCCAGACUGAUUAACUGAGUUUAUGUUCAUUGUUAUUUGUUAACUUGAGGCAUCCUACCUGCCCCCACCCACAAGUUUCAGGUACAAAAAGGGAAGCUGGGUGUUAUGGUUUUGGGAUCAUUUUAAACCACUGAACUUUGAAGCAGCAGAGACCGUAACUUAGUGUUUUCAACCACAGACUGAUCAACAUAUACAUUCCACAAUAUCUGUCUGUGUGCGUGCUCACCACUUUCAGGCCCAAAGUUUGUACGCUUAGGAGGUUUAAUCUGUACGUGUGUUCACGGGUAAAUGUACGUGUGCAAGAGAUUUUUAAAGAAAGGAAGAAUGUAUGCGUGUUUACAUUAGUGUUAGGGGCAGUUUGUGUCCAUGUACACUUUAACACUCCUCCUAUCACAGGUAGAUAGGCAGGUUUUUACCUCUAGAAUAUCAUCUCUUUCUACAAACUGUUGUGUGCUGCAGCCAUGGCACCAUAAAGGCAGCACAUUAAUAAAACAGUUUUUAUGUCAUGUACCUACAGAAAACGAGCACUAGCCAACUGUAUGCACACCUCUUUGUAAAUAUGUGCAAGAUAUACUGAAUGUUAAAUGCACUGUAUGAAGAUUUAUUUAAAAGCUAUGUUAAAAUAAUGAGUUGUAUCUGUUCCAAACAUAUAGCUGUCAGGACCUGCAUCUGCAAAUUUCUCCCGUAGUCAACGCUGUCCAUGCAUCUUUAAAUGUGGCGUAACAGCGAAGCUAAGCUGUCUGGCGUCUCUCUUAUCAUUCCAGCUAUCACUUAAAUGUCAUGAAUCUUUUGUACAUUUGUUGAUAGCCCUGAGCCCUGGGCGGACGCCUCACCCCAGAGGCUUUGUAACGAUCCCCACGGUAAAUGAGAUUAAAGAGAUCUAGUCUGGGAUCCAGGAGGCAGCUUGUCUGAAACUGUAUGCGUGUAUGAGGUCAGUUUGGUUCCUUUGAGCUUUGCACUAUGGCAGAUGCACUAUUGUUAUUAAUACAAUAUGUACAGAGUUGGUAUCAAAUACAGUCUGUUUGAUUUUGAAGUUUAGGGGGGAAAAAAGAGAAAAUAAGAUGCAUCCUAUCCCAUAUUUUUAGACACUAUCUUUUUGAAUUGAGACGACAGGAGAGAAAUGAACUAAAGCUUGUAGUUGAAUUGAAAUGAAAGGAAAAUAAAAUACUAAAACAUGAAA